AUGAGUUACUCGCAGAUGGUGCCUUUUGCGUCGCCGGCCCCGUUUCUGGUGCCGCCGCGAGCCGGUAGCGAUGUUCCCUUGCAGACCCGCCGACAGCCGCCGCGUCAGAAGAAGCGGAAGGAGAAGAGACAAAGGAAACGUGAGGCUGAUCGCGUGGCAGAGGACGUCAUCACGCCAGUGCCACCAAGUGUCCAGCCCUGCGCAAAAAGAUUCUACGACGAUGACGACGACAGCGACGACGUUAGCUUUGAGGAAUUCGAGAAAGAUGCGCCAGAGGAUCCGAACCACACAGGCUCUGCUGGCCAGCAGAGCAUGCCCACUGGCGUCCAAAAGAUUGAGCAAGUUACCCGCUCAUGGACGCCGACCGCCGUGCUCGUCGCCUGGACGGGCAUGAUGCUGCUCGCCAUGGCGCUCAGUCUCGACAGCCUCACCGUCUCGUCCUACCAGCCCUACGCGCUGUCCGAGUUCAACUCCCAUUCCAUGCUUCCCGCCAUCAGCACAUUGCAAAGCGUAUUAAACGCAGCGACAAAGCCCGUCAUGGCCAAGAUUGCCGAUGCGUCGGGCCGCGCCGAGGCCUUGAGCGUGUCGCUCGUGUCCAUUGUGCUGGGCUUCGUCGUCAACGCGGCAUCGCGGAACCUCGGCGCCCUGGCGGCCGGCCAGGUCUUUUACUCGGUCGGACAGGUGGGCGUUGUGUUUCUGCAGCAGAUCCUGGCAGCGGACACGACGACGCUCGCGAACCGAGCGGUAUUUGGCUCGUUGCUGUACGCGCCGCCCAUCGUGACGGCGUGGAUUGGCGGGCCUAUGGUGGAGGCGCUCGUGCCGACGCACUGGCGAUGGGGCUAUGGCAUGUGGGCGAUAAUUGUGCCUGUUGUGUCGAUCCCGCUUCUCGUCUCGAUCUGGGGCCACCAGAGGUCAAGAGACAAGACACGCAUGGGCAGGGUGACGGACGUAUUUAUUUCAAAAUGGGCACAGGCAGACAUCCCCGGCUUGUUCCUCUUCGUCGCCGGCCUGGUGCUACUUCUGCUACCCAUGACUCUCACCGUCCGCUUCCAUGGCGGAUGGACCUCGCCGCAGAUCCUCGCCAUGAUUGUCGCCGGCACACUCAGCUUCACCGGCUUUGUCCUGUACGAGAUGUACAUUGCCCGCCAUCCAAUCAUGCCCCUGCGCCUUGCCAUGAGCAGGACCGUCGCCGCGGGCUGCCUGACCGAGGCCUUUUUCUUCCUGAGCUACUACCUCUGGCAGCCGUACUUUUACUCGUUCCUGGUCGUCGUCAACGGCCUGUCGCCCAAGGCCGCCACCAACGUCGUGGCGGCGCAGGGCGUGUCCACCGCCGCGAUCGGCCUCGCGGCUGCGUUUGUGGUCAAGUACACCGGCAAGUGCAAGUGGGUGGUCGUCGCGGGCACGCUCGUCAAGCUGAUUGGCGGGGGGUUCAUGAUUCGGUACUCCAACGGGGACGCCACGCUGGCGCAGAUCGUCAUGGGACAGGUUAUUGCGAGCGGAGGCUCUGGCAUGAUUAGUAUUGUUGCGCAGACGGCGGUGCAAUCUGUUGCCAGUCACCAAGAUGUCGCCAACGUGACGACGCUUUACGAAGCGGCGCGAGCUAUUGGCGGUGCUAUUGGAAACGCAAUAUCGGGCUUGAUCUGGACAAGACUGCUGCUGGCCAAACUGCAAGCACAUCUUCCAGAGGCGUCCAAGUCGCAGGCCACUGGCAUACAAAACUCGUUCACUGUCGCCACCUCUUUUGCAGCGGGCAGCCCCGAGCGCAUUGCCAUCAACCAAAGUUACACCGAAGUCAUGCAUAUUCUCCUCGUUGCCUCCGUCGCUUUUCUGGGCGUUUCAUUCCUGGUGUCUUUGGCCAUUGAAGACGUGGACCUGAAAGCCAUCGAUCAAGACCGCGCUCAAAGCGGUGUCAUUGGUCGCCUCGACUUUAGAAGCUGGUGCAAGAAGAAACUAUCACGGAAAUGA